AUGCCAUUACACAGAUUCCUAAAGCUCGCAGAAAAGCUUGCAGCAGAUUCUAUCAAAGAAAACGAUUACAUUGGCCGCAGAGCAAGCAUAGCCGCUAUUUUUAAAAUUGUUCCAAAAAUUCCUUCUAGUUUUAUUCCAUCAAAUACUCAAAAUUUUCAAAUCACAAAUCAAGAUCAGCUGAAGCAAUAUUUUGAAAACCAACCUUGGGUAAAUGAUGGAGACUUGCAAUUACUAUUUAUUAAAAGAACUCAACACCCUAACUCCCCCCUUUAAACUGGAACAAAAUAUCAGUAAAAUUUACACUUUUUGGUUUCAUUAACCCCUCUUUAAGUUGAUUGAAAUUUUUAAUUUCAAAUAAUAUAGCCUUUUUGCGCACUAGUAAAUAGUUUACUGGCUGCGAUCAGCCUACUAUUUCCCAGCUGAAUAGCAGACUGAUUGCAACCAGUAAGCAAGUUUACUGGUGCACAAAAAGGCUCAAUAGGCGAUAAAUUUUAUUGUUAAAAAAAUGUAGACCUAAUUUAAUGAAAGAAGUGCAAGUAGAAUAUUAUUUAGAUGAUUUCACAGUGAAUUGAUAAAACUAUUUUAUUAAUUCUUUAUGAAAUUAAAUUAAAAUUCAAAAAUAUUACCCUCAAUAUAUAAUUUUAAUCUUUAUAGAGAUAAAUUUCAUAUAAAGUUAAAAAAAAAUUCCACACACCAUUUGGAUUGGAGCCUGAUUUUUUGUUCAAAUUUAAGGGAGUGGGAUUAAAGACAAGCAUUCAGGGCAAGUUGCAUUUCCGGGUGGAAAAGUUGAAAAAGGGGAAACUCCUUAUCAAGCUGCAGUCCGAGAAACCUAUGAAGAGAUUGGCCUGGAUUUAUCGGAUCAAAAUAAGUUUGCCUAUGUUGGGGCUAUGAAAGAAAUUUUCCCUUAUUAUCAUCGAAAUAUGCUUCUUGGUCUUUAUGGUAUUUAAUAUUUAGUAUAUCAAAUGAAUAAGGCUUGGAUAACUUACGAGCUAUAAUGUAUUUGUUUUAUUUAAAUAGAUUUAUAGUGAUUUUAACGGGCUUUAGUUUAUUUAUACAGCUUACUCCAGAAAACCAUCUAAUUAAUCUCAGCCCCAAUGAAGUUCAUUCCUAUAGGUGGGUAUCUUUUGAUAAUUUCACCCACAAAUUUAAAGGUAAAAUGUAUUCAGAAAUAUAUAAACCAAUCGAGUUUUCCAAAAAUAUUACACUCAUAAAAUCAAUUGGGCUGCAAAUAAACGUCAAUGGUCACACAGCAGGUGUAGUUCUACCUAAAACACCCAGCAUUGACUCAUAUACUUAUAAUGAGAAAAAUCCUCCAGACCGUACCACAGAGUAUCAUCUAUGAGGGAUCACUUUUCGAAGAGUAAAAAGCCUAGUAUUUCUACUCCCUGAAGAAGAAAGAAACACAACUAUAAGAGACUGGAGUUAUUUUAGCAUAAGAGGACCAUAUAAAAUUAUGAAUAGACUGCUCUUAUAUGAUGAGCUCAACUUUAGAGACACAGCAAGCAAAAUGAUUUAUUUAAAGCCUAUUUUAAGCGCUUGUGGAUUAUCUAUACCUUUGUUCUUUUUUGUAAGAAGCAAGUUAUAA